AUAUAAAGUUUCUUUUUCUUUUUGGAAGAGAGUACAGUUUGCUUAACUUAGAGGCUCAUCACUGUGAAUGUCCCUUAUUUUGAUGUCAGCUUAGAAAAGAAAAGAGAGAAGCUUUGAGAAGAAACAACAGUCUCUGUACUUUCGCAAGCUUCCAAGCUCUAUCACUUCUUUUUAGGAUUUUAGGUGAUUUAAGUUCUCUCCCUCGAAAUUUGAGUAGACUAGACACUAAAAGUGAAGCAAAGCCAGUGAAGUUUCUCUCUCUUUCGAUCGAUUACGAGCGAAUCGAAAAGACCCAGGUUACUAGCGGCGGCGGAUUUUCUCCAGGGAAGUUAAGGACUAUGCUUCUCGGUGUUGAUAGAAAGAAGAAAGAAGAAAUGCUUGAAUCUACUCCUACAAUGAGAUCUGGGUCAAGUCAAAUCGAUGACCCUGUAGCUAGUGGAUCAGAUGAUUGCAAAGACGUUGAUGUUGUGAGUGAGAUUAUCGACUGUUCUACUUCAGGGAUGGCUGGAGAUUGUAGAGUAAGUCUUGACUACGACAAUGGGAAUGAAAGCAAGUGUGUUUCUGCAUCGAUCUUUGAGUUUCAAAAGACAGAGAAGGAGAAAGUCACUCAGAGGACGCCCAUUAGAUCAUUCUCUAAACCAGCUCCAUCUAAGUGGGACGAUGCUCAGAAAUGGAUUGCUAGUCCAACAGCUAACCGGCCGAAGACGGGACAGGGACAGGUUCAGGUUCCGGGGUCGAAGAAAGGUCCUAGCUUUGGUCGGCAGUCUUCUAUGAAGAUCGUUGAAGUUGCUGAUCAAAGAGCGGGUACGUUUGCGGUUGAGGAGCCUGAUACUAAGCGAAUAGAUGUAAGCCAAGUGAAGAAGGAGUCAGGACCUAAGUUUGUUAGCUGGGAAGCCGAUUCAUAUGUCAAACCGGUUCUUAUGGUUGAGAACUCCAUUGUAGAAUCAGCAACUGAAGUUAAUCUAAGUCGACAUGACUCGUCAAUCGCAACUGCGUUUGCUCAACCGCCUUCAACAGCGAGGUCUGUAUCGAUGAGAGACAUGGGAACCGAGAUGACUCCAAUAGCGAGCCAAGAACCUUCAAGAAACGGGACACCGAUAAGGGCAACAACGCCGAUGCGAAGCCCUAUAUCUUCUGCACCUUCAAGUCCCGGGAGACGAGCGUCGGCUUCUCCUAUGAGUAACAAGGAACUGUCGGAGAAAGAGCUUCAGAUGAAAACUAGGAGAGAGAUAAUGGUGUUGGGGACUCAGCUUGGUAAAUUAAACAUUGCAGCUUGGGCUAGCAAAGAAGAUGAAGACAAAGAUGCUUCCUCGUCACUGAAGACUAAAGCUUCUCUACAAACUUCCAAGAGUGUCUCUGAAGCUCGUGCCUCUGCGUGGGAGGAAGCGGAGAAGGCUAAGCACAUGGCUAGGUUCAGACGCGAAGAGAUGAAGAUACAAGCAUGGGAGAAUCAUCAAAAGGCGAAAUCUGAAGCUGAGAUGAGGAAAACCGAGGUGGAAGUUGAGAGGAUAAAGGGACGAGCGCAAGACCGGCUGAUGAACAAACUAGCUGCGAUCGAGCGCAAAGCAGAGGAGAAGCGAGCAGCGGCUGAAGCCAAGAAGAAUCGUCAAGCAGCUAAAACAGAGAAACAGGCUGAACAAAUCAGAAGAACAGGGAAAGUGCCUUCAUUGAUGCUCUCUUGCUUUAGCUUUUGUUCUUAGUAUUAUAAAAGUCCACUCUUUUUUUGGUGUUUGUUAAUUCUCAAGAACCCAUGUUUCUGUACAAUAAAAAGCUUCGUAAAAGUACCUUUAUUGUGUUCUAUAUUAAUCUCUUAGUUGCUUUGUAGAUCUGGGAAUUUUGGUUUUCAGGCCGG